GUUAAUGGCCAACAAUGGGCCCCAUUUCCUACCUUUUAGAGAUGCGGCGUUUGGUCCAUGCAAUUAUCACUUGUAUAUAAUUGACUGCUUUAAAGCCAUUUCUAAAGCUAUGAAACACAAGUUUUUAGACUUCACUCACUUUAAUAUUGAAGAGUACCAGUACUUUGAGAAAGUGGAGAACGGAGACCUCAAUUGGAUAGUUCCCAACAAAUUCAUAGCAUUUUGUGGUCCGCACUCGAAGUCUGUGGUCGAGAACGGCUAUGCAUUGCAUUCUCCCGAAUCUUACUUCACUUACUUUCGCAAACAUAAUGUGACAACAAUUAUAAGACUCAAUAAAAAGCUUUACGACGCGAACCGAUUCAUCGACAAUGGCUUCGAUCACAGGGACCUCUUCUUCAUCGACGGAAGUACUCCAAGCGAUGCCAUUAUGAGAGAGUUUCUCGAAAUCUGUGAAAAUACUAACGGAGCCGUUGCC